UAACAUGUUAAAGUGUAUUAAAAUUAAAUUGUGGUUAGACCUUCUCUUACAUGAGAAUUAUAUCCAUUGUGAGUUUAUUUGCAAAUCUUUGAAAUUGGGCAAACCCACAAACAGGUAUAUAAUUUGCUAAGAGGUAUGUAACAACGUAUACACAAUGUAAGUGCCUAUGUAAUUACGACGUAAAUAAUUUACAUAUGUAACUUUGAAUGCCAUUUCCAUACAGGAUUUACCCAAAAGGCUCAGACUUUUCUGUUCUAUCUAUGUGGACCAGCACUCGUGUCUCACUGGGCCAUGGAUCCAGCAGACCUGCUCUCGCUAAGCCAGGCCACUGGUCCUAUUCAGCUGGCAUUACAUAACAAUGGCUAACUGUGAACUUUCACACCUUCUCACAAAGCAACUGUUACAAUUAUGCAGAGGUUGUUGAUUCACAAGCUAUUAGCUAUGGAAACACAAUUUCCCUAGAAUAAUAUAUGGGUGUAUACACUAUUGUAACACUGGUGUUACAGUCGAAAAGCAGUGUAAAGAGGGACUAUUUGUUGUAACACUGGUGUUACAGUCGAAAAGCAGUGUAAAGAGGGACUAUUUGUUUUUCAUCCCAAUAAGAGACAAAAGGAAAUUGGUUUCAGCCACCAGAGGGCUACAAGACAACAGUCCUUCUGGUACUGUUUGUUACAGGCUAGUGUCACCAACCCUGGACAGCCACCAGUGUGCAUCCCAACACCAACACACCUGAUACCCAACUGUAAUACAUUGGAUAGGCCUAAAUAAUACAUUUAAUAAUAAUAAACUCUAUAGUUAAUUCAAUUUCAGUAAGCAGAUCGAACUGAAAAGUGUCAUAUUUCUCGAGAAAACUAAAUAGGCCUACUGGAAUAAAAUGAAAGCUAUAUAUAACACAUAAUGAAUAAUAAGGCUAUUCCCCCACUUUCUGCAAGUGUUGUGAUGAUCCAUCAGGACGUUCUGCGGCAGCUGCGCACGCUGUCAUCCCAGACUGGAGUUGAAAUAUGAGGGGGGGAAUAGCCUUAUUAUUAUUCCGUAGAAGCUGAAUUGGAGGAUUUCCCACACAAGAAACGGAGUAAACGCAAAAAGAGGCCACCAAACCCCUACUUCUCCCCCGGUGACAACUCCUCACAUUCCGGUGGGUCUUCGCCCGUUAUUCGCGAAGCCUGCAAUGGGCUACAGACGACAGCGGCUUCAUAACGGGUUUGUCGGCAGAUAUUCUUGCUGCAGCUGUCCUUCCGAGAGCCAGGAGGACAGUCUCGCUUGUAUAUUUCAAGACAGCGGGCCUAACCAAUGACUGUGCCCACGUUCGUCCUUCGCUCUUCACUUCAGUGUGGCUACAUUCGGCUGAGUAAAUCCUGGGAAUACAUUGACCAUUUAAAUCCAAUUUGAUAUAUUUAUAGCAGUUCUGACUUCUGACAUCAGACAUUUUGAUGGUGUACGUUUUUAUUGUUCCCUUGAACGGAUAUAAUGGAGUGAAUUGCACGAGGGGAGCGACAGUCAGCAGUUUUCUUGCGUGUGAUGAUAGGAGACACAAUGACGCUGUUGUCUCUUUUGGGUCGGAUCAUGCGUUAUUUCCUCCUGAGGCCAGAGACAUUGUUUCUGCUAUGCAUUAGCUUGGCCUUAUGGAGUUACUUCUUCCACACGGACGAGGUGAAGACCAUAGUCAAGUCUAGCCGGGAUGCCGUGAAGAUGGUGAAGGGGAAAGUGGCGGAGAUAAUGCAGAACGACAGGUUGGGGGGCCUGAACGUCCUGGACGCGGAGUUCUCCAAAACCUGGGAGUUCAAAAAUAACAAUGUAGCAGUGUACUCCAUUCAGGGGCGGCGGGACCACAUGGAGGACCGCUUCGAGGUGCUCACCGACAUCACCAACAAGAGUCAUCCGUCUAUAUUCGGGAUAUUUGACGGUCACGGUGGUGAGGCAGCAGCUGACUACGUGAAGGCCCACCUUCCAGAGUCUCUGAGGCAGCAGCUGCUGUCCUAUGACAGGGAGAAGAGGGAGGGCGUUCUCUCCUACCCCAGCAUCCUGGAGCAGCGCAUCCUGGCUGUGGACCGAGACAUGGUGGACAAGCUCUCCGCCAAUCAUGACGAAGCAGGCACUACAUGUCUUGUGGCCCUGCUAUCAGACCGGGAGCUGACGGUGGCCAAUGUUGGGGACUCGCGGGGCGUGCUGUGUGACAAGGAUGGUAAUGCGGUGGCCCUGUCACAUGACCACAAGCCCUACCAGCUCAAAGAGCGCAAGAGGAUCAAGAGGGCAGGGGGCUUCAUAAGCUUCAACGGUUCAUGGCGUGUCCAGGGCAUCCUGGCCAUGUCUCGCUCGCUGGGUGACUACCCCCUGAAGAACCUCAACGUGGUCAUCCCCGACCCUGAUGUGUUGACCUUUGACCUGGACAAGCUGCAGCCUGAGUUUAUGAUCCUGGCGUCGGACGGCCUGUGGGACGCCUUCAGCAACGAAGAGGCGGUGCGCUUCGUGCGCGAGCGCCUGGACGAGCCGCACUACGGCGCCAAGAGCAUUGUGCUGCAGUCCUUUUACCGCGGCUGCCCAGACAACAUCACUGUCAUGGUGGUCAAGUUCAAGAGUGGUCCUGUGGGGAGCAGGGCCGGGGAGUAGAGGUGGUGAUGAGGUCACGAUGAGGUCACAAUGUCGUGAUGAGGUCAUCAUUAUUGUUAUGUUAUAGAUAGUCUCUCCUCCCUUGUUGAUAGUGCAGCAAGCUAUCAACCUGGGGAGGAUUGGGAACUGUUGCAACCUGGAUACCUGGCAUUCUCUUUGACACGCAUGUACACCCACACUCAAAACAAUGUGUUUUCAUUUCUGACCAUGACUUUUGGAUAGAUACACAUUUUUGUUUGAUACAUGAACUUUACUCGGAAGCUGGAGUGCUAGAUCGUCCUGACACACACACGUACACACACACACAUCCGUCUCACACAUUGUCAUUCAGCACGAACACACACUCUUCUCAUCCAUUCAAUCUAUACUGACACACAACUGGAGAUCACCCCUUCUUCAUCAAUGAGAAGAUGACUCUCUGACUCAACCAGCACUACAUACUGUGAUCUACUGUUCUCUACCAACAAACAACGGCAGCGUAUUUUUGUGUGUGGAAUGAUAAGCCCUUACAUAUCAGCCCAUAAAAAUGCUGUAAAUCAAUUUUCGUAUACAGGAUCAAACUCUGACCUAGCUCCAGCCAUUGUCUUUUUUGUUAACACAGUCUUAACCAGGCUGAUGUAUAGUUACUGUAUUAUGGUACUGGACCUGUAUAGGUGAUUUGUUUAGCCUAUCCAUGUUUGGGAAAGAUCUGUGGAUGUUAGCACAGAGGUGUUGAUGCCUCCAUGGGAAUCGACUGGGAGGUGCAACUCAACUGGAACAGGAAGGCUAAUUGCCAGUAAUAUGCAUAUGACGCAAUAUGAUUGGAGUGAAUACUGAUGUGUUAAAAGGGUCAGGAUCAUGUUAGAGACCAAGGAUGGCCAACUUUGCUCCGAGAGAGCAGCAGUGUGUGCAGGGUUUCAUUCCAGCCCAGCCCAGCCCAGCACACCUGAUUCAAAUAGUUUAAGUAAUAAAGACUGCACACACUGUGGUUAUCCAGGAACAGUUGGCCAACCUUGUGUUAGUGUUACUACUGUACUACUGUAUUGAAUACUACAAUUACUACUGUAUUUCAUAGGUUCAUUUUUUUGCUUGAAAUGAUAUGUGGCAAACCUUUUAUAAUUUAACAAUGUACCUUAUUUGCCUUAUUUAUUGUUUCGGUUUUUAUAUUAUUGCCAAAACAAAACAUAUACAGCUGUUUAUUGUUGACCUUUACAUAUGCAUAAGUCAAUAAUGUAACAACAAAAAUCACUUGUAGACAGUUCACCAACAAGUCACUCAUAUACUCUGCCAAACACAAAAUGUAUGACUUUGCUGAAUCCAGUUUGUCAGUAUUAAAAUUCAAUGCUACCUUGUGAAA